UCGAUCACUGGAGCACUCCGCCGCAAACCUGCUAGCUGUCCGGCCGGCGCAUUUCCCUUUCCGGCCGUACGCCAUGGAUCCCGACGAGGAGAUCGAAAUCGAUUUCCGCCCAUUUCUUGUCGUGUACAAGAGCGGGCGCGUCCAGCGAUUCGGCAGCACGUCGCGGAAGAGCGCCGGCACCGACGCCGCCACCGGCGUCACCUCCAAGGACGUGCUCAUCGACGCGGCCACAGGCCUGGCCGCGCGGCUCUUCCUCCCCAAGGGCGUCUCGGGGUCCCAGAAGCUCCCGGUCCUCGUCUACGCCCACGGCGGCGGGUUCGUCACCGAGUCGGCCUUCUCCGCGAGGUACACCGGCUACGUCAACGCCCUCGUCGCCGCGGCCGGAGUCGUGGCCGUGUCGGUGGAGUACCGGCUCGCCCCGGAGCACCCGAUCCCUGCCGCCUACGAGGAUGUGUUGGCCGCGCUCCGCUGGGCAGCGGCGAGCUGCGUUCCCGGGGGAGUGGAGCCGUGGCUGGCCGAGCACGGCGACUCCAGCAGGCUGUUCGUCGCCGGCAGCAGCAGCGGCGGCAACGUGGCGCAUAACGUGGUGAUGAGGGCCGGAACGGGAGGGAUCGAAGUCGAAGGGAUGGUGCUGCUCCACCCGCUGUUCAUGGGCACGGCCCCGCUGCCGUCAGAAGGCGCGGACGCCACGAUCCCGGCGAGAUCGGAGAGCAUCUGGCGGUUCCUCUGCGCGGGCAAGUACGGGAUCGACCACCCGUUCUCGAACCCGCUGGCGAUGCCGCCGGAGGCGUGGGCGGCGCUCGGGUGCCGCCGGGUGCUGGUGACGACGGCGGAGCUGGACCGCGCCAGGGACAGGGGACGGACGUACGUGGAGGCGCUCAGGGGAGCCAGCGCGUGGGGCGGGGAGGAGGCUGCGCUGUACGAGACCGACGGCGAGGAGCACCUGUACUACCUCCUGAAACGCGGAGCGAGAACCAGCUCCGUCGCGGCGGAGAAAGCGGCGAAGGAAAUGGCGGCUGUUGCGUCGUUCAUCAACCGGGGUAAAUGUGCGUCGGAUUGUAACAUUAGGUCUGCUCUGUAAAUGAAAUUGGGCACAUGUGCAUCGGAUUCAGUUUGACUGUGCCACGGCUGGCUAUGGUUGCCGGGUCUGCCGGCCGUUUAUUGCUCAGUUGCCGGCGAUGAAGGCGACGACACGGUCCAUGAGCUCCUUGGCGUUGGCGCAG